AUGCAGUCCUCAAAAGACGGCAAUGCUAAUAGACAUGAGCGAUUGACUCCCAUUAAAACACUAAGUACGCAACAAGAUGUACGAUCUAACCUGCAAGAGGACCAUAAUGAUAAAGUAGGACAACAUAUGGUGUCUAUCAAUGAAACGCAGGGCGUAGAAGUGAAUCAAACGUCCGCCUGUGCUGUUACCUUUGGUGAUUGGCCAGAUGGAACAAAGGAGAAAGUCUGGUUAACAAGCUUUCCCAGAUCUGGAAACACGUGGACACGUCAUCUAUUAGAAAUUGCAACAGGAAUUUAUACUGGUUCGUUUUAUUCAGAAAACAGUUUAUAUAAGCAAGGCUUUAAAGGAGAAAUUGAUCAACCAGGCCAGGGACAAAAGUUGGUUUACAAAUGCCACUCUUUCAAAAAGACUUACAUGUUUGGGAUACUGCUCAUCAGAAACUUAUAUGACUCUAUGGUCUCAUUGUAUGCAUAUAACUUGACAGGAAUGAUGGGAAGCCUGAAUCUUGAGUUAUUCCGUAAUAGUACAGACUUUUCAGAUAUGGUCAAGACGAUGCACGAACGUUGGCGUAAAUUAGUCGUGGACUGGUUCAAAUCUGGUCACCCUUUUGUGGUAGUACAUCAUGAGGAUUUGUUGCAGAAUCCGAUAUCGUCCGUGAAAAAGAUGAUGAAUUAUCUAAACAUUACACUAACCCCAGAACGACUUGAAUGCUUGCGAAAUGACAUCGAAGGACUGUUCCAUCGCCAACAUUCAGAGAAAUUUCAUUUUGAUCCUUUCACUCAAGAAUUGCACGAGAUUAUUGACGAAGAUAUCCGAGUUGUGAAUGAGCUACUGAUGAGUAGGAAUGAAACUCCUAUACCUAAGCCAGCGUAUAACACUGAGUUGUAG